AUGGCUUUUGAGCGCUUGCCCUUCUUUGCCCCUAGGUCCGGUAGAGUAGUCGGGGGUUACCUUGCGGCUUUCUGGUGGGGUACGGCAGGGAAGCUAAAGAGACGCACUGCUAUAAAGGACUUUAGGGAUAUGAGAGCGGCCGAGCGUGCGGACUUGAUAUGUGCUUUUGAUGAAACAAGCAGUAGUAGCAAGUUGGCUAUUUGCAUUAUUAUAAUGUCUAACCAAGUGGAAGAGGCAGUCCCUGAUGUCGCAGAGGCAGUUUCAGCUUCUUCAAGGAAGCUUAAGAAAUCCAAAAGGAAGAUGAAAUACCCUGGAGAAACUAGUGGUUUAACUUAUCAUAAGUUUGAUGCUGCAAGUGUUAGGAAAGCUCUUGCGUACAUGAUUGUUGCAGAUGAGUUACCUUUUAAAUUUGUUGAGGGAAUUGGUUUUAGGUACUUUUGUAGUAUGAUGGAGCCUAGAUUUCAUGUGCCUUCUAGAAUAAUAGUAGCAAAAGAUUAUUUUGCUUCUUAUUUGAUUGAGAAAAGGAAACUUAAACAUGAAUUGAGGCAAUAUAAUGAAUGGAAAUUUCAAAAACGAAUCCUGAAUUUUUGUCCUAUUACUAGUCAUAAGGGUGAGGAAAUUGGUAAACAAAUUGAGAAGUGUUUCCUUGAAUGGGAACUUGAAAAAAAUUUCUGCAUAAUAGUAGAUAAUGCUAGCUCGAAUGAUACCGCCAUAGGAUACAUGAGAAGGAAAAUUAAUGGUUGGAAAAGUGGGGUUCUUAAGGGUCGUUUCCUUCAUAUGCGUUGUGUAGCACAUAUAGUUAAUUUGGUUGUUUCUGAUGGCAUGAAAACGGUUAAUGAGUCAAUUACUCGUGUUAGGCAUGCUGUGAGAUUCAUUAAAAAAUCUCCAUCAAGGUUGCUAAGGUUUAAAAAGUGUGUGUCGGAUGAAAAAAUAGUUUCCAAAAAGUUGUUAUGCCUUGAUGUGCCAACUAGGUGGAAUUCUACAUACUUGAUGUUGAGUGCUGCAAUUUCUCUUGAGAGUGCUUUUGAGAGGUAUGCUGAGGAGGACCCUCAUUAUACAGUUGAUUUGGGUGAAAGGGAGGGGAAAGGUAUCUCUGAAUCUGAGGAUUGGAAUAGUGUGAAAAAGUUUUCUGAAUUUGUGCAAACCUUCUAUGAUCUUACUAAUCGCGUAUCUGGGUCUUUGUAUGUGACUUCCAAUUUAUUUUUUCAUGAGUUGGUUAAUGUUGCGGUACUUUUGAAAGAGUUAACAUCGAGUGAUGAUCCAGAUAUGUGUCUUAUGGCUUGUAAAAUGAAGGAAAAGUAUGAGAAAUAUUGGGGUGAUCCUGAAAAAAUUAACUUGAUGAUUUUUGUUGCUGUUGUCCUUGAUCCUCGAUAUAAAUUUGAUUAUGUCGAGUGGAUGUUGACUGAAAUUUAUGAUGUUAUUACUGCAUCUAUUUGGGCAAGAAAUGUGAAAGAUAUAUUGAGUGCCUUAUUUGAGGAAUAUCGUAUUUUGCCUCAAACUGAUGUUGUUAGGGAGGAAGUAUCAUCCACUAAGGAUGAUACACAGUUAACUACCUCACAUAAGAAGGUUGAGGUUUUGAAAAGUAAGUAUAAGAAGCAUAAAUGUGAGCCUAGUGGAGCGGCAAAAAUUGAGUUAGAUAAGUAUUUGGAGGAGGAUAAGAGGACGAUGAUGAAUUUGAUAUUUUGGGGUGGUAGAAGUUCAAUAGUUCAAAGGUUUCCUACUAUGGGAAGAAUGGCUCGUGAUGUGCUUGCUGUCCCAAUAUCAACCGUGGCCUCUGAGAGUGCAUUUAGCACCAAGGGAAGAGUUCUUGACAAUUUUAGAAGCUCUUUAAGUCCGGUGGUCGUUCAAGGUCUUGUUUGUAAUCAAAAUUGGUUACGUGCUGGUCCAUUCCAAGGUGUUGAAGAGUGUUUGGAGGAAGUGGAGCUUCUUGAAGAAGUCAUUCAGUCUUUUCCUUUGGCAUUUGAUGUGCCUGCUAGGAUGGUUAACCAGACUGGCAUUCCACAGGCCCGUAUGCCAGAGCCGAUGCGGACUCCUCGGAGGGAUCGUCAUUCUUUCGAGGGCGAUUGUGGUGCCUCCGGAUCGCAUGCUAGGCCGCGUAUCUCGGACGUCGGUGUGGGUCAUAGGCCCAUGCGACCACCGACUGAGCCUAGGAGGAGCCAUGGUGCUUCGUAUAGAAACCCUUUCGUAUGA